UAAACCUCACUUUAAUCCUUUCUCCUCCAAUUAUUUUCUCUCACUAGUCUAACAAUUCUCUUCUAUUCAACCAUGGCCGGUACUGCAAUUGCAACACCAAUCAAAGAUGACCCAGUUCCCGGAAAGAAACCAAGAACCAAGAAAGUAAACCCUCUAAAACUGAAAAACUCUUCAACAAAUGAAGCCAAUAUCAUGGCCCAGAAACUCUCCGCCAUCUCCCCGGUCCCUGCUCCGCCUUCGGCAGCGGAUGACGCUUCCAAAGAGAACCAUGAGAGUCUCUCUCAACCUCGUACUUCGCCAAAGAAAUCGAAGUCCAAGGCGGGCGGUAAGGCAAAACAGUCCAAGCAGACUAAUGAUUUUGAGAAAGAAAUGCAAGAAAUGCAAGAGAUGCUUCAGAGGCUGAAUCUCGAAAAAGAAAAAACUGAGGAGCUAUUAAAGGAAAAAGAUGAGAUCUUGAAGGCUAAGGAAGAAGAGCUUGAAACUAAGGGGAAAGAGCAAGAGAAAUUGCAGAUGGAGUUAAAGAAAUUGCAGAAAUUGAAGGAGUUUAAGCCCACCAUGAGCUUCCCUCUUGUUCAAUCACUGAAUGAAGAACAAGACAAGAAGAAGAAGAAAAAGGACGGAAACGAAACGAAAAGACCAUCUACGCCUUACAUUUUGUGGUGCAAAGAUCAUUGGAAUGAGGUUAAGAAAGAUAACCCAAAUGCAGAGUUCAAAGACAUAUCAAACAUUAUGGGAACUAAGUGGAAGAGUGUCACUGCAGAGGAAAAGAAACCUUAUGAGGAGAAGUAUCAAGCUGACAAGGAAGUGUAUUUGCAGCUAACUACCAAGGAGAAACGAGAGAGUGAAGCAAUGAAGCUGUUGGAAGAUGAGCAGAAGCAAAGAACUGCAAUGGAUUUGCUUGAACAAUACCUUCAGUUCAAGCAAGAAACAGACAAGGAAAACAAGAAGAAGACCAAGAAAGAAAAGGAUCCUUUGAAACCAAAACAGCCCAUGUCAGCUUUUUUUCUGUUCUCUAAUGAAAGAAGAGCUGGUUUACUUGCUGAAAACAAGAAUGUUACGGAAGCGGCGAAGAUUGCUGGUGAAGAAUGGAAGAACAUGAGUGAAAAACAAAAGAGUCCUUAUGAAAAGAUGGCUAAGAAGAACAAGGAGAAGUAUAUGCAAGAAAUGGAGGCUUACAAGCAGACAAAGGAUGAGGAAGCUAUGAAUCUCAAGAAAGACGAGGAAGAGAUGCUUAUGCUUCAGAAACAUGAAGCCUUGCAGCUGCUUAAGAAGAAGGAGAAAACAGACAACAUAAUUAAGAAAACCAAAGAGAACAAGAAAAAGAAACAACAGAAUGUUGAUCCUAACAGGCCUAAAAAGCCUGCAUCUUCAUUCUUUUUGUUCAGCAAGGAAGCAAGAAAAACUCUGAUGGAGGAGAGGCCAGGAAUGAACAACUCUCAUAUUGUUGCAUUGAUUUCUGUGAAAUGGAGGGAACUUGGUGAUGAAGAGAGGGAAAUGUGGAAUGCUAAAGCUGCUGAAGCCAUGGAAGGGUACAAGAAGGAAAUGGAAGAGUACAACAAAGCUGCUGCUGCGGCGACUUCAGAUGAUAAAGCAUAAGGCAUAGCUGGAUGCUGUAAUUACAUUAGGCAGAACUUUAACUAUGUUUUGGCAUGAUGUUCAAGUCUGAUUUGAACAUCUAAGUUGUUUAGGAAAUGAAGUUUAAUUCAAAAUUUUAAGCAUUGCUUGUUUGAUUGA